CAAGAACGAGAUACUUAGCGAAGACGAUCUUCUUCCACCUCAACCCGUAGACCUUUUCAAAGUUGUGAUAUUGUGUUUUCGACGCAGUUGAAGCAGAAGGCAGCCUCAGAAAAGGACCUCGAGUAUACUCAAUCUCAAAAAUGGCAAGCAAAAAUAAUGCAUCGGAAUUAGAUCAGGGGCGAUUCUUGAUAUUGUAGUCGGUGCCUGAAAUCAAGCCUCGAUAACAGGCAACAGCAAAAAAAAGCCUCGAGAACAGGCACAUGAGUGAAGAAAUGAAAAGCUGAGAAAUAUCUUGUCUUCCCUCGCGCAUUCACUAUAUCAAAAAAGAACUCGUCGUCGUCUCCCUAUUGAAAUAUCUCGUCUCCUGGUCGAAAUACUGCGUCUCCCUUUAUAUAAAUAAAAAGGCCUACGAAGAUGGCCACGACGAAGAUGGCCAUGGAGAGUUCCAAUCCUUUCGAUGACGUACAAGUGCUCGACGAGGAUACGCAACCACUUGUGAAGAAGGACGAUGCGUCUGAAGAGGAACUACAUGAAAGUGAUGCUCUUACGAGGAUGAAGGUUAACGAAAAGGAUGUGGAAAGUGUUAACGAAAAAAGUGUUGGUCACGUUAAAGAAGAGGAUGCUCUACUUCCCCCGCCUGGUGGUAAAACAAGCGACGAAUUUAUGCACUUCGAUUUUCCUCGGGAUACGGUGUGGCGACGCCAGGCGACUUGGUGCAGCGUGCUAUAUUUUACUAUCACCGUCGCUGCCUCCCUCACUUGGUCGUGGGAGUUUCUCAGUAGCGCAGCGUUUUCGCGAAGUGAGGAUGGCCGACCCUGGGUGCGAAUCAUUUCCCACGGUUGGUUUUUCGACAGGGAGUGGUACACUGGGAGUUACGAAAAACUACGACUCGCAAAUGUUGAAAUCGUUCGUGCUGCCGCCGCUCGCUCCGACGAGUCCUCACGCAGGAGGAACAGGAAAAGAAUCGGAGGACUUUUCUUUGUCGGAGGAUGAGAAGAGCCAGCUCUUCGCGAAGGCACUCAACGAGCAAAUAGUAUCCAGUCGUGGUUCAUCAAGUUCUUCAGUGUACAAGGUGAUGACAGGAAGCUACGAAGCGGCCGGGCUACCCUUGGCAAAGCUGCAGCCGGACGAAUUGCUUGUGCCGCGCAUGCUAAAUAACUUGAACAGCGAAGAUUCGUGGACCCGCGUCGCCGACAAAAACCAACUGAUGCUAUUUCUCUCGCAGCAUUUCGGUUGCAAUACACCGGCUCAAUCAAGAAGCACACGCGCACGAGAUCACGGAGUCUGUGAUAUGAUUAUCCCGUCAGGCCCCAUAUCUCUGGUAGAAGAAACGCCACAACAUGAUCAAGGAGAUGAUGGACAAGUACUACAGCACGCAGGUCCGCUUUCACAGGAGGACGGCAGAGACCGUCUAAACUUCCCGUCGCAGUUGGAGAGGCCUACUCCCACCAGGCCCUGGAUGGUGAAGCCGGUUAGCGGUUCGGGUGGAAUGCUUGUCACGCACCUGUACAAGCGUGCGACCUCUCCGGACCAAGUGACUCAGUUACUGAGAGACAAUCCGAAAGUAAAUUUCAUUGCUUCCGAGUUUCUCAAAUCGUCUGUAGAAGACUCAGUGCAUUUCGUAUUUGACUCAGCCACGACUGGCGUCAUGGAAGAGGACAAGGACGAAGCCACAGAGACUCGAGAUCGUAGCGAUUCUUCUUCUGACAACUACUCCAGCACGAAAGGUGCAGCUAGUGAUGGAACUUAUUUACAUGUUCGACAACAUCGUGGCUACGCAGAGGGUGGGAGCGAGAACGUCAUCAGCCAUCAUGGGGGUUUCGCAGUUAACUCCGUGCAAUUGGAUCCGGAUCCGAGUUUACUCUCCAAGGUCAAAAAGAUCCUGCAGGCUCUGAACUACAAGGGCCUAGGCUGUGUAGAUUUGAAAUACAAAAACAACGAUCUCCGCAGACCAGUCCUUCUCGAGAUUAAUCCUAGGACUUGCGGCGCAAUGAUGUGGUUCCACGACUAUGGGGAAUGGAUCCGAUCCUGGGCGUUGAUCGACGCAGACCCGCAACACCCGUGUGAAAAAAUGAAGAGACUAAAAGCAAAGAAGCGUGGACUAGUCGCUGCAGAACAAGGACGACGCGGGCAAGUUGAAGCUUUAUCCUCGAAGAUAAGCAGGAGGACGAGUCCGACAGCUUCACCAAUGGCCAGCACUAUUAGAAAUAGUAGACCAAGCAGUACUUCUGGAAACGCGCGCCGAGGUGUAGAAGUUGAAGAGAUCACGAAUGGGAGCAUUCUUUUGCGAAAGCGCGGAGCGCUUGAUGAUAACCACAAGCAAGACCAUGCUAGCGCAAACCUUGAAGGUGAAAAACAUGAAAUGCCGCCUCGACCUGAAAAGCCAAGAGAUUAUGGUCUUCUAGUGGAAAAAAUCAACGCAGAAAUAGACUCGCUGAAAGGCAAAUGUGAGUGGAAAGAGGAGAAGCAUUUCGAAGCUUGGUCCUGGAGCAAUUAUUUGGCUCAGGAUGAACCACAAUCAUUCGGCAAAAGGGGGUAUCCAUCUAGAUCUAUGGCCGACAGUACGGAGCCGCCACUUUCGGAGGUUCGCAUAAAGCCUUGGGCUUUUGCCCUCGUCUGUGCGUCAAUGGGACUAGUCUUUUUUGCACUGUUGAUGUGUUUUCUAGACUUUUUCUCCGUCGUGUGUGGCUACAGGUGCGACGACGCCAGUUGGGUCAACCUCUGUCUGUGCCGCUGCCGAUGCUGCUGCUGCUUUAGCUGUUGCCGCAAGUGCUACGAAGGACCGGAAGACAAGCAUUGCCAUUGCCGCUGUUGUGACCGUUGGUGGGCGCGACCCAAAAAAAUCGACGUUCUCGGCCCACCUUUCUAUGUGGUCAAAGAUCCAGCCUAAUGCGAAAAGUACACUGAGAAAAGGGUCGUACUCCGCUUUAGUACUACUCAGAACUACAACUCUCAUUUCUUCAUGAUCUUGACGGAAAGAAGUUGGUGUGACGAAAAGACUGCAGGAGCUAAAAGUAGAAGGUGUUAUUGAUUCCUAUAGUUCUUCGACGCUGGAAGACGCUUAGAUGACAGCUCUGGUGGUUAAAGAUUAAUUAUAAUCGCGAGUUGUGACUUCUCAAACUGAGGCUGAGCUUGUUGAGCUUGAGGGGAUCGAUAGCGAUACAACAAGAAAUACUAGAUUUCGUAUUUUUCAUGUUUUUAAAGUAGAAGAGUUGUGUAUAUUAUAUAUCUUAGUGGUUGGACUUGGAGCAAGGUGUACAAAAUAAAUAUGCCAAUAGUCAUAGUUAUGACAUCUUCUAUGAUACUUGAGUAUGGUAUAUCGGUCUUGACAAAGUAAGUCGUCAAGUUUCGUCGUGCAAGUGUUUGUGAGAAGAGAAACACUUUGGAGGACAUCGCCGAAGAAAUGAAACUGAACCUUCUGCAGAAUCGUAUGAAGAAAGUCUAAGAUCUGAAAGAAUGAGACUGAAGUUCUGAAGAAGGUGAAGAACAUCACAUACAAGAAGUGAAGCAAGGUGGAGGUAGUUGAAAGACGUUAACUACACAUGAACGUAGUAAGAACAUCACUCCUGCUUCCACUCCAAAUGCAGCGUUUGACUUUGGACUUCCUACUAUUUUCUUU